GCAGUAGGUGAAACCUUGAAGAAAAAGUGGCUCUGUCUUCAAAAAAGUGACCUGACCUUUGCUUUGGGCAAAGGCGCUAGGGCGGCCGAUAAGGCUGUGGCCAUGGUGAUGAAGGAGAUUCCGAGGGAGGAGUCUGCAGAAGAAAAGCCCCUCCUCACUGUGGCAUCCCAGGGGUGCAGAAGCCAAAAGGAAGCAGAAUCAAGUGAAAAACUGGUGAAUGAGCAACAGGAGAGCAGACCCCUCCUGAGCCCCUCCAUUGAUGACUUUCUCUGUGAAACUAAGCCAGAAGCUGUUGCCAGGCCUGUAACAUCAAAUACUGCAGUAUUAUCAACAGGUCUGGAUCUCUUGGAUCUUAGUGAACCUGUCUUACAAACCCAAAACAAAGCAAAGAAAUCAGAGAAUCCUUCAAGAACUGAAGGCGUAAAAGCUUCAACCCUCAGAAGGAAGACAGAGAAUCCUGACCUGAUCAGUGUGGAUUCUGAGCAGAAAGUCCAGGCUGCCAGAGUUGCAGACAAGUCUUCUCUAGAUUUAGUUGAUAUUCAGACACAGAUAGAGAAAUGGGAUGAUGUCAGUUUUCAUGGAGACAGGAGUAGCAAGGCCCACCCUUCUGCAGAGAGAACAUCAUCAUCAUCCAGAGCUCCAUCAAAGGAGAUUUUAUGGUCCACAGAAAACAGAUCACAGUCUGAGCUGGCUAAUGUCAAGAGUGCCUUGGACUCUGAUUCAGCAUCAGAAUUAGAACUUGCACCUGCAAUACAGGUGGGGGAGCAGUGUGGUCACAGGACUUUUUCCUGCUGGAAAAGGAACUCUAAUACCGAGGGCUCUGGGCUGAAGGCACGGUCAAGUAAAGAGCAGCGUUGGGGAACACCUCUUCUCUCCAGAAAUCACUCCUUGGAGGAGGAAUUUGAAAGAGCAAAGGCAGCUGUUGAGUCUGACACAGAGUUUUGGGAUAAAAUGCAAGCGGAGUGGGAAGAAAUGGCUCGCAGAAACUGGAUUUCAGAGAACCAGGAAGCACCAGGGCAAGUCACCAUCUCAACCAUCGAGAAGGGUUAUUAUUUCCACACUGACAAUCCCUUCAAAGACUGGCCUGGUGCUUUUGAGGAAGGACUGAAAAAAAUGAAAGAAGGUGACCUGCCUGUUACAAUCCUCUACCUGGAGGCUGCAAUUCUCCAGGAGCCCAACGAUGCUGAGGCCUGGCAGUUCCUGGGUAUUACACAGGCAGAAAAUGAAAAUGAGCAGGCAGCCAUCGUGGCCCUCCAAAGGUGCUUGGAACUGCAGCCAAACAACCUGAAAGCCCUGAUGGCCCUGGCUGUGAGUUACACCAACACUGGCCAUCAACAAGAGGCCUAUCAAGCCCUGAGAAACUGGAUAAAGCAAAAUCCAAAGUACAAGUACAUAGUGAGAAGCAAAAAAGGGUCCCCAGCACUGACAAGGAGGAUGUCUAAGACAGCAGAUGACAGCUCAUUGCUUGAAGAAGUAAAGGAUUUGUACCUGGAGGCUGCUCACCAGAAUGGUGAUAUGAUAGACCCUGACCUGCAGACAGGACUUGGGGUUCUUUUUCACCUGAAUGGAGAAUUUAACAGAGCAAUAGAUGCAUUUAGUGCCGCUUUAACUGUUCGACCAGAGGACUAUACCUUGUGGAACCGCCUUGGGGCAACCUUGGCGAACGGGGACCGCAGUGAGGAAGCUGUGGAAGCCUACACAAGAGCUCUGGAAAUCCAGCCUGGCUUCAUCAGGUCCAGGUACAACCUGGGGAUAAGCUGCAUCAACCUAGGGGCAUACAGAGAGGCUGUCAGCAACUUCCUCACUGCUCUCAGUUUGCAAAGGAAAAGCAGGAAUCAGCAGAACGUUCCCCACCCUGCUCUAUCAGGCAAUAUUUGGACAGCACUUCGGAUUGCUCUGUCUAUGAUGGACCAGCCAGAACUAUUCCAAGCUGCCAAUGUGGGUGAUCUAGACAUUCUCUUAAGAGCUUUUAACCUAGAGCCGUAAUAAAAAGGAUUCACAAAUUGAUUAAAUUGUGUUAGGAAACAGAGAACUUUUUUAUUACUCAUCCCCAAAUGACCACAUUUUCCAAAAGAUCAUGACUGUAGAUCAGUAGGGGAAUUCCUUCAGACAUUAUUCAUAAAGGGAAAGUUCAAAAGCACAAAAAUAGUGUAAAUAAAUUCAAAGUCAAAGGGUUGAAAUGAGCUGUGGCUAAUCGGACAAAGCCCUGAACUAGAUGAAAUAGCAAUUUCUGAAGAAUCUCCAUCCCAUGCAAGCUAUAUCUCUCUACAUACAUACAGCUGUAAAAAGAAAAGUAUCUUAACAAGAAACCUAGAUAAUGGUUAUUGCACCUUAGAGUGGCAAGCAGUGCAUCCAAGGAACCUGCUUAGUAGCUCAUUGCACUAUGCUGACACCACUUUGCCCCACACUGGGGAUUCCCUAUCCUUUGGUUUCUUUGAUGAAAAAUCUUCCCAAGGUCCAUUUUUAACACAGCUCUGAAAAUAGAUACAUGUACAGGGAUGUGUUUUGUUUUGAAUGUAUUUAUUAGCUGGCAAUCAAUGUUUUGCUUCCAAAGGUACCUGGUUUAAUUUGGGCCCAGUUCUGCAGGCUCAUGGGCCAUGUGCAGUGUCAGGAGGAGCACAGUCCAUGCAGGGCUAUGGAGUGAGGCCAGGUACAUUUGGGGAAGCCAGGUGUUGCCAGCAGAAGAGGCAAUUUGCACUGGAAUUGUUGCUGUUCAAACCAGCUCCUGAAGGAGCUCGUGGCAGGGUCUGCACCUUUCUGUGUACUUAAUGCACUUUAAUCUUUCUUUUUGUAAAAUAGUGCUAUGCUUUUCUUUUAGUCACCAACAAUGAAAUGUACAGGAUGGCCUUGUUGGCAGAGAGGACCAAAUAUAACUUCCUGAAAUGUAAUGAGAGGAUUCUCAAUAUUUUUAUGUUUAAAAAUGGAAAUACAGUAUAAACUGCAUUAACAGCUAGAAAGAUUAUUAUAUGCAUCCAUCAGGUACUGCACAUAUACAUGCAUGUGCAUGCACAUACAUGUUGAAUGCAAAUUAUGUCAUUUCAGAACAUAAAAAGCUACAGAUCUUUGUUGCAAAUGAAGAAAAAUAUUUGUAGGGAUUACUGCCUGCAGACCAUGCUCAAGGGAAAACCUUCCCUAAAGAAAUUGGUCUGUACAAUGCUUGUAGGAUUGAGACCAAGGCUCCAUCCUGCUGUUAUGGCAAACAGCAGCAAAAGUCUCCACAACCUCCAUGAUACCAGAGAAAAUCCUCAGAUAACACCAGUAUGUGUGGCUGCUCACAGAUGUGUGCAUAAACACACUAUUUCCAUUUUCCCUGGCUGGAUGAAUGGGGAGCAGGGUUGGGGCAGUACCAAUCCCUGAUGAAUGGAUGGAUUCAGCUACAAUCAAACACAUUUAGCUCAGGGUGACUGUGUCAAUCAAAAAAGGCAGAGAGAUUUUUAGGAGGUGAUUUUCAGUUGUUGAUAUUUUAAAUAUUUUUCCUGAAUAGCAAAAGAUAAAAAGUGUUAUUGGAUGUGUUGAUCAGGAAUUCAGUUUGCAGAGUAGCUAUGGAAAUGUGUUAAAGUGGGACAAAUAGCACAUUUCCUAUAAACAACAUUAGAAGAAAAAUCCAGCUCAGAGGUCUAAAAAAAGAAAUCCAACUGCACAGAUCACAGAGAAAGAUGCUCUGUGGGAGUUGGACAGUUUCACCAGUACAAACCUAAAGUUUCUUGCAGCUGUCUGUUAUUUUGAGCCACCACUUAAAGGAAAAUUCCAUGUUAAGACAGUGUAAUCACUGCAUCUAAUCACCAUCUAUAGGUUGUUAAAUACAAAUAAUUCUCAUUGGGAAAAUAAAAGUCUUACUCCUCACUCUCUCCCACUCAGAAGAGAUGACAAAACAGCCACCAAAAUUUUUAGGAGUGCUGUAUUAAUGCCUUGUUUACACAUAUAUUCCUGUUUACCUAUCAGGUGUUUCAUAACUGAUUCCUGCAGCUUUCUCUGAGGAUGGGAGUGCUGGGAAUGUCACUUUGGCUAAGUGGGCUGCUGUGUGCAUAUCUGCUGACAACAGUUUGCUCUUUUGCUUUGACAGCGAUGUCUGAUGACAGCUCUUUAUUGAUAAGGCAGAGCAGAAGGUGCAGUGCAAUUGAAUCUGGGAAGUGAUAAGAGAGAAGGGAGGCAGCUUUGAGAAGAGGCUGUAAAGCAAAGGCAUAUGUGCUUAGGUUUUGCUUGAUGCCCUGCCAUCACCACAAGUUCUUCUAGGAUAUCCUUUGUGCUGGGGUGUAGGAUAAUCAGUGCUUAUGCAGAGGAAUUAGCUGUUCAGGGACUUUAUUUUUGUAUCUUUGAAAUUAACAACAACAACAACAACAAAAAAGUAUUUCUCAGAGUCAAAAUGACAAGGGGUAUUUGAUACUUGUGGCAGUUCAGUAAACAUCUCCUCCAGCCUGUGGAUGAGUAACACAGAAACCAUUAGGAAAAUGUUAUGCAAGUCCAAGCCUCUCCAAAAAGUACAGACUAAGUAGGUAGCUCUUGGUUUAUCCUGGGAUGCACUGCUGAAAACUGCAUUUAUCUGCUGACACAUGUCCACACCCAUGGGACUGGCAGGAGCUGUGUGUGUAACCUUGGGACAGCUCAGCAGGGCUGGGCUGUGCCCUCCAGGCAGGCUGAGCCCCCAGCCCAUCCCAGCUCUGAUCCCAGGUGCUCUCUCUGCUCUAGUUAGCCUGUGUGCCACUGACAGGCUAAAGCAGGGCAGAUGGGAGGGGACAGGGGCACAUCUCACACAGCUCUGGACUGGUCACUGUGGGGCAGUGCCCAGAGACUGAGCUCACCUCACUCUAACAGGUCAGACCCAGCAACUCUUGAGACUUCUGGGCAUUCCUUGGGAUCCUGGGCUUUAUCACCCUCCUUCAGCCCCCUUGCCAAGCACUGCCAGUGCAGCAGGCAGGACUAGAGACAGCUUUGAGCUGACCUCCUCUUGGCUUUCCUUAAAUAUUCAGGACAAGUUUGUAUAUUUGCCUGAAACAGCAAGAGGAAACAUGAGGAAGCAGCAGCAUAUUAACAACCUGAAUAGAAAAUUCAUCUCCUUAUGCUUCUAACCAAGCAUGAGGUGGGAUAAAGAUAAAUAAGGCAGGUGCUGAACAGUAGCAGAUUGAGCCUGAGAGUGAGAGACAGCAAAUCUGGGUCCUGUUCUCAGCACUCCCUGGGAGCUCGACCAAGCCAAAGCCUCCUGCCAUCCCUGACCUGCCCAGGUGUGCAAGGAGGGAAGGAAGAUGGGGACAGCAUUCCUGGCACUCCCUGGGAGCAGGGGGCAAUCACUGCCUCCCACUGCAGGGGCCAGGUCACCCUCCCCUGGGCAGGAAGGUGACACAAACACAAGGGUGCUUAGGUCUAGGGAAGCAGCUUCACACAGAAACUACUGAUUUCAGCAGAGGAGAGACUCAGGCAUUUCAGACUGCUGUGGAGCAUCCAUGAGGUGAGGCCCAAUUAGACUGCUGCAAUGGUGUAUCACCAUGUCCCACUCCUCUUUCCCUUUCUUGUUACUCCUCUCUUUUUCCAGAGGUGAUUGAUCACUGCCAGGCAACUGAUUCCAAGUUUUUGAACAAACUUUUUUUUUUUCCUUUUUUUUUCUUGCAUUUAAAAAAAAAAGUUUUCCUACCCCGAGCAUGGGAUUGACCUUGUCCUCCGCAAAGCUUUAGGAAUAGUUAUGACCUAGAAGCCUGAUCCAUGAAACUGCUGAACCUGUAAGCCUGGAGUCUGCACUUUGCAUGACCAGUUCACAUGCAGGUGUUGCAGGAGAGGGCUGGCUCUGGUACCACUGCAGGUGCUGGGCAGGAAUCCCAGGGACUGUGCAGGGAGUGAGGCUUUGCCAUGAAGGCAAAGGGCUCUUGGCUGCCUGACCUCUUUGAACUGGGAUGUCACAGGGGCCUGGUGGCCACAGGCUGCUUUAUGUCAGCUGGAAGAACCAAUCUGACUUUUAGGCACAUACAUAAAUGCACCUGUGUCCAGUGGCGUUUCCUUAUGAUCUGACAAAUCACAGCUCUUGUAAAAAUAUCGAGGGGGAGGUUCAAAUGACACAAAAGCUCAUGUGACAAUAUUGCAUGCAACUGCAUUAACCAGUAACCACUCUGCAAUAUUAACCCCCAGCAUGCAGCAACACUACCUGAGCAUGUGUUUAGAGAAUGCAUGCAGAAGGCUCACACAUAGGCUAUUCCAAAACUAUUGAUUCACAUCAUCUGUGGAACAUUUUACAAGUCCUUUGCAUCUGUCAGACUCAAAUCUGAGUUGUUCAUAUUACCUGGAACAGGCCAGACCAAACACAGAGCCCUUUUAAAAUCCCCUCCUUAGAAUUCACUUUGUGUUGUGGGUUUCACUGUUGCUCCAAGUGUUUAAUUAAUAACAGACAUCUGUAUAGCAGCUUUUGCAGACAUGUUUUAGUCCUGCUUUUUAGUCCUGAGAGCAGGACCCUCUCAAGAAUGAAAAAGCUAAAUCUGCACAGCUUUCACAGUGAAGCUGGGUUGUUUGGAUUUUCACAUUUUCAACUCUAGUCUCAACCACAGAACAGCCAGCUAUCCUAGGAAUAUCCACAGCGCACUCCAUGGCAGAAAUAACAGCAGCUGUCCUCACUGGUACAGCCAGAGCCUGAGGCCUCAAUCAUUGUCUGCUGGAGCCAGUGAGAAAUGGAGCAGAGCAUAAAUUGGUUGUAGAUCUCUUUUGCCCAAACUUGCAUCUGCAAAACGAGACAUAUUAGUUAUUUUCGCAUGAAUUACCUGCACAGUUGAAAAAAUGUGAUUUCUGGUCACCAGUGUUGUCAGCUUAGCAGUCUGUACAGUGAAUCUAUGUAAUAAAUGUUAAUAAUAUACCAAUUAUUCACAAAAAUGGUAAGACAAAAUGCACUGCACGUUGUGAAAAAAAAAUGGUGGAUAUGCAAUACAGUAUUAUCUACUAUUCAAACCUUACCUAGGCUAGAAUCAGAUUCCUUCAUUAUGGUUCUACUGAUUUUUGGACUGGUGAAAUAAAUCAGAGAGAACAGGAGUGCCAUGCAUGAAGAGAUCACUGACACUUUGAACAAAGGUAGGAAAAUGAAAAAUAGGCAUGUCAGAGAAUCCAUGGGAAGCUUCAGAGCCUCAGCCCACAAAGUAACAGGUGUUAGGCAAGGUAAAGAGACAGAAGGAAUCUAAAUUUUCCUACAAUAUGCUGUAACAUUACAAAUGCUUGCAAUAUGUGACAGCCCAUUGAGCAAGCUUGCAUGGUCAAGACUUGAUGUGCUUUGAUCUCUUUUCCCCUUCUACAUUUACAGAAUGCCAUCGACAUUGGCUGAACCUUUAAUUUAAAUAGCCUUUUUAAUAUCAGUAAGCUAUUGUAAAUUCAGAAAAAUAAAAAAAAUUUAUAAAUAUAUUUUAUAUAUCAGAGUAUAACAUAUCUAGAGUAAAAUAAAACUAUAUAGUUUUGAGAGGCAUUCUGUGUGGCUUCUUCUAUAUGCUGUAAACUGUUUGAAAACCUUUGCAAUCUUGCAUCAGUUCUUUUGGCUUUAUUUUUAAGCCAACAUAGAGGAAAGAAGUGAUUCCAGGGUUGGCAGAUCCUUUCACCUGGGCCAUCUGAAGAGCCCUGCUGCUGCUGCACAGCCUGCAGAGCUCCCUGGGCCCGUGGGGCAGCGCAGGCAGGGCUGGGCAGCACUGCCCAGGUGGGAGCUCAGCCCCACACCUGAAUGUUUACAUUCCCUUCCCAAGGCUCACACUGACCCAGAUUCAGAAUCUGAAUGUAAGAACAUCCUGGGUGCAAGGUCAGUUUCUUACCACAGGUAACUCUGCCUCUGUAUGCUUCGUGCAUUAUCAGCUGUGUACAAUAUUAAACACAGACUAUAGUUUACUGAUGCUUUAAUUUGGUGUUUCCCUGCACUGCUGUUUAAAAUAAUCUAUUUCCUCAAAAAAGAAUGAUGUGCAUACUGGAUGUGUUAAGUUUAUUAAGGUCAUAGAUGACUAUUUGCAAAGCACCACACUUAAUGUAGUAUUUUUGUACUGUAAUGGAAGCAUGCCUUCCUUGGGUUCUUUUCCACAUAUUAAAUUGUAUUUAUUAAUUGUAUUUAUAACUGUGCAAUUUUUAAAUAUGUUUUAAAAAUAAACUUUGUCUGUGGCUUCAAA